AUGGGUGUCCUCUCCAUCUCUGUCUCUUUUCUCUGGCCCGUCUUCGAUGUCCCUCUCCUCCUUAGGUGGCAUCAGUACUCAGCUUCUGAUUUGGUCGUUACAAUUGAUUUGGCAGAUUGCCUACUCCAUGGUCUCAGCAUUCUGUUUCGUGUUCAUCCUAUUUCGGACAGGCAUGAGAAAGUCAAUGCUCCGAUGGUCAAAUCGAUUUUGCCAUAUUCCGUCAGAUGA